AUGAAGGGAUCAAGUGAAUCAGCGACUCUGUUCCAUUCGGUGAAUCUUCAUUGUACAAUUAAUAACCUGUUUGCUGCUGGUACCGACAAUAUGACUACAACACUGUGCUGGGGUCUUCUGCUCAUGGCCAAAUACCCUGAAAUACAAGCCGAGGUUCAAGAUGAGAUUGACCGAGUGAUCGGUGAACGUCAGCCUGUGGUGGAAGACAGAAAGAACUUCUCAUAUACAGACGCUGUGAUCCAUGAAACCCAGAGAUUUGCAAACAUAGUACCCAUAAGCGUCCCCCGUCAGACCACCUGUGAUGUUCACCUGAAUGGAUACCUCAUCAAGAAGGGUACCAGUGUGUGGGCGCUACUGGCAUCUGUACUGAGGGAUGAAAAUGAGUGGGAAACUCCUGACAGCUUCAACCCAAGACACUUCCUAAAUAAGCAGGGCCAGUUUGUCAAAAGGGAUGCCUUCAUGCCCUUCUCUGCAGGUGCAGUGGACUUCAAAUUCACUACUUAUAAU